UGAUCCUCUAACGUUAUUUUUAUACAACUUUAGAGCAAACUUAUAUACAUAAUACAUAAAAUCCCGCUAUUAAUAACAUUUUCGUAACGUAACUUCGUUAAGUGAAGCAGUUUUGCCAGUAGCUGCAUGUAACUUAUGAUGUGCUUUGUUCACCUAAGAAACACAAAAUUGUGACAUAAUGGACAUUGUCGCAAUUUCAAGUAAAAAGCUCGGCAAUAAGAAGGAAAACAAAGAGAAUACUCGGCCCGCACAAGGAAACAAAUCCUUCAUCAAACGGCACAAAACGAUAGUUGCUCCAUUUCAACUGAAACCUGAAACUGAAAAACAAACCCUGAAAAAACAUGUUCCUUUUAAAACCAACACCGAACAGGUGGACACAACAUCCAGCAAGGCUCCAAGUAUGGUGAACCCUGUGCAGAAGGAGAGAAAAGAAGCUGUGUCUAACAAUGUCAGAAUAAUAGCUGAAGAAGUAGCAAAGCCAACAUCUGCUAUGCCAUCCAAGUCUGCUCCAGGCAUGUACAAAGGAAAGGUUGUCCAGUCAAAAAUUGGAUCCAUUUGGAAAGCAAGUGCCAGAGCAACCGUGAUCCAAAACCCUGGAAAUGUGACCAAAAGCAGGUCCAGAUCUGUAAGUGAUCUAGCACGGUGUGGUCCACAAAAACCAGCAUCCAGUUCAGUGAUCACCAGGCCACCUGUCAGUAGCUGCCAUCCUGGUAAAACAGUUCCAGCAACAUUAGCCAAAACUAGCUCCAAAAACACCAAUGUGGCUCCCACCAAGGUAAGUGGGAGUCAGACUUCAAAGAUAAAUAUUUCAGUGACUGACAAGGUUAUGAAGGCUCCUGUCUGCAACAAACUCAGCCAGUACAGAUUGACUAUGGAGACUACUGAGCAAAGAAGAGCAAAGCUGGCUAAAUGGAUGGCUUCCAAGGGAAAGACUUUAAAGAGACCGGCCAUGAUGACAUCAGCACCCCCAAAAUCCUUUGCAAAAUCCAAGGUGAACCAAAAAUCCCAGUCUCAUGUUCAGGCUGCUAAAGAAGAAAAUUGUAAAACGAAACAAAGCUCGCAAGCGAGCGAUUCUGCUUCCACGGCUCACUGUGCAGAUACACAGGAAAUACAGUUAACAGCAGACAGGCAAACCCCAGAGCUGCUCGAGAACUCUGUAGAUGUGCUGAUGGGUGGACUGGAUGAUGUUGUUGUGAACUUGUGUGAUGUCUUGGAGGCAAUGGCAACACCAUCCAGAUGCAAUGAUGACCUUGAACAGGAGAUGAGUGAAGUUGAAUUGAAGGAUAAAAAGCCAAAGGAGGAAUCUAAAGAGUCUGAGCAAGUGAAGAAGGAACCUAAAGAAAGUCUUAAGCAGGGGGGGGGGGCAGAUGAGGUGGAAAGUGACAAUGAAGGUGUCAGCACACCACGCAUGGAAAUCGCUUCAGUAGUGAAAUAUAGUGUAAAGACAACUCCAUACCUGCAAAGUGUCAAGAAGACAAUUGAAGGGGAGCGUGGCACAUCUAGGAGGAGGAGCAACAUCAAAGAUUUAAAGUUCCUGACACCUGUGCGCCGCUCCUGCCGUAUCCAGCACAAAUCCUCACAUCUGCCGUCGAUGCUGGUUGAUCAUGAUCCCUGUGUGUCAUCUCUGGCUGAGCUGGUGAAGCUGGAUGAUGAUCCCAAUGCCUAUAUUUACAGAAAAAACCCUGCACUUCUGGAAGAUCUGCCAGACCAGCGUUGACUAUGACUUGGUUAAGUAAAUGAUGGGACAUGAGCUAAGAAAAUUUUAUACAAUCAUAGUUUUACUAAUUUUUUUUAUUGUAUUGUGGGGACAACAUAAGUUAUUGUCUGUUCUAAAUAUAUUGUAGCUUCUCUAACACUGCUUGUUUUAUUAUAAGUUGAAAUAUGCACAAUUGCACAACAUUAAAUGAUUGCCAUACAAAUGUU